UUGUGUAGUGAAGAUUUCCAUUCAACUACAAAAUUCCACCUCAAACUCAAUGUCAUUGAUACAGCUGCUCAAUCUUUUUCGCAGACAUUAAAAUUCGUUGAAUCCAUCAAUACAACUCACGAAAACGUGGAGAUGGUUCAUUUAGUUUUACACCAGUUGUUGUACCCCACCUAUUUAAAGUGUAGUCCAGUUUAUAAAUUGUGUCUCGUAUGUCCUGUAAUUAUGGCCAACACGCUACUUUUGCGAAGAAAAGAAAAUUAUUCAGUGACAAAUCUCCAAGACGUGCUUGAUGACGCCUACAAACUACUUCAAGAACCAAUAGCCUCAUCCCUUCCUUAUAGCUCUUGCGCUAGUGCACUCGUUUUUUUACAAGACAAGUUUUUGAAAACAUCUGUGAAAGACCCAUGUUUCUCACCCUUCAACAAUCUUGUUAAAACUUGCUCACGUGUUCUUCAAUUACUGACUUUAAAAAUUCAAUUACCACUUGAGCAUUUGCAUAGCUCAUCUUUCAUGAACUGUUCUAACUAUAGUGGAGACAUUUGGGAAAAAAGAUUAGCAUUGCUUGUGUUACAUGGGGUCUCAAUUAAACGAGAAACGUCUUAUAGUUCUUACUUUGAUGACAAAUCUCUCGCAAUAUCAGAUGGUCCUCAUCUUAUUCAACUUAUAAAAGUCCUACGUAUUUCGGAUGUUCUUCCCACCCAUAAAUCACCCAUACACCCCAAAACGGAACUAUCCUUCCUCCAAUUGUUUUCCCCAGCCGCUGAUCCAUGUUUUGUGUAUCAAAGUAUUCUUAUCCUAGGCCUUUUAUAUCAACAACUUACGCAACCAAAAGUACAUGAAAAAAUUGUUUUAGAAGAUAUUCAGGAAACCAAUUCUUCGCCCUCCUUUACUAACGCAUUACUUCCUUUUAUGCAAUGGAUUAUCAGCUUAUCGAAUCAGUUGAAAUUAAACGAUUGGGGAGUCACCUCAGAAGAUUCGUUAGAUCCGGCAAUGGUACCAAUUGUUUCAAUGCUCAGUGCUCUUUGGACAAGUCUUUCCUUCACGAAAACUUUACCUGCUUUAAAUACAGCACCCACCUUAGUUAACAAUUUGAAGUUUACUCAAAGAGCAUUAAAUACAUUUAUUGCGUUACAAGGACCAACAGAAAAAUUAGUUCAACGUGAACUUUUAAUACUUCAAGUCUCUAUUUUACGCUGUUGUUUACGCUUAGGAGAAACGGAUGCUAAGCACGAUAAACUUGUCUCAUAUUUUAUCACUCACACGUUUAAAACCGUUGCCUCUCAGUGUUAUGAAAACACACCUGAUUAUUAUUUAAAAAAUACUCUUUACCGUUUCGUUUAUUUUAAUGCAUGGAAUGCAUUGAUUAUUCUAUUUUUUCGUUUACCCUUUUCGCAAUUCGUGAUACAUUUCACAUUAGGGGUUUUAAGUUUACCAAAGCCGAAGCAUGACGCAAUUGUAUGGGUGUUUGUUCUACAGCAGCUGAUCCAUUUAACAGCCAUGUUAUGCACAUUAUGUAAAGGUUCAAUGAGGGACCAUUGUUCAAAGCUUUUUGUGGGUAUCACUUUUGAUAGUCUAUUAAAUACUGCAGCAGACAAAGAAUUUUAUCCCAUUCAUUCAAGAUAUCAACAAAAUAUUAAAUAUGUUGGAAAGAAAUUUUGUGAAGAAAUAUUGCAAACAUCGUUUACAAAAUAUUUUACGCCACAUCUUUUCACAGUUCCUGAAUCGGAUUCUCCUUGUCAAUUUAGCCCUACAGUACCGUUAUGUGUACAAUCCUCUUUUACAGAACUAUUCUGUAGUUAUAUACGACUAAAACUUCUUGUAGAAAAUGAGAAUUUCUCUCAGGUUCUUGACCAGCUUAGCAUCGAUCGAAUUCCGAUGAUUCUUUUGGCACAUCUUUCAGUACAAAAUUUAUGUUACGACUAUUCGCUAAUUGAUAUAUUCUUUAAAAAAUUAUUUGGUUGCGAGGCAGUUAAAGACAGUGAUUGUAACGAUUUCGCAUUAAGUUUGUGCUAUUGUUCAGCGCACCAUCAACGACUUUUUGUAAAGGACAUUUUUCAUGAGGCUUCGACAACUCAGGAUAAACGUGAUCGCGCUCAAAAGAUUCUUCAGUUCUUUUUUUUUCAUUCACGGUUUAAGUUUCAACCACUCUAUAGCAUAUCUAAACACGACGAAUGCGCUCCAGCCCUUCCCGUUAAAUCUAUAGAGCAAACGUGGACUACAAAAUUGCUUGCAUGUCACACACUUCCUGUAAUGAGUAGCCGAGAACUUUUUGUUACUGAAUUUGGAAUUCUUUAUUUAAGUCAAAUAAUGCAACCUCCUAAUCCUUUUCAACCCAUUGUUAUACCAUCCCGAGAAUGCUUGAUGAGUAAAGAAAUGCAUGUAUGUGAACGAAUUAUUUCUACUUGGACAAUCCCCUCUACCGUCAUAUUUCCAGUACCUUCAUGUUUUAUGCCAACUCUUUAUACGGUUUUAAAUCGUUUGAAUUUUCCUCAAAACCAUCAAAACAACUCUUGUACCAAACUAUUACCAAACAUUACAACCCCUAUAACAACAAUCCACUUUGAAGGCUAUUUAGAUCUUUUGUAUUUAUUCCCUAAAGAAACCCAUACAUUUGUAUCUAGUGAUGUGCUUCAUUCUUGUUUAAAAAAACGUUAUAAAUCACUUGUCUCCAGAUGUCUUUUUAAUACAUAUUUUUCAGCAUGCGGUGAUCUUGAAAUGCCUUCUCAAAUAUGCUCGAGUACCGCACCAGUCAAUACUCCAGUAAAUUUUCUACGCUAUUCAUUUUUAGUACAUAUGGGAAGACAAAUACUUUCGGAACUGUUCGAUACGGAAAGCAAUAAAGAAACAAUUUUACAUUUUUUAACCAACACAUUCUUGCACUCACAUUCUACACAAUAAACGUGUUUUUUUUCAAUAAAAAUUCAGUAAAAAAAAUUCUUUAGAUUUAACUUGUGCUACAUAACUCCUAGAAACCGUUGUUUCCGACUCAAAUUUCCCUAGCUCCGAGCUUUCUCUACUCGCGUAAACUAUAUUAUAAAAAAAAGAAAAAGUAACAAAAAUUUCGCUAUUACCUGA